AUGAACUUAAUAAAGGAUCUGAAUGGGUGUACUUCAUUUUUUGGACCAGGAGAAGUCUCCAAAACUCUAAAUAUUGAAAAUAUAAAAGAUACAAUCCUCUAUGUUUUAGUUCCACUUGAGAGCUUAACUUUAAAGAAUAUUACAAAAAGUUACAUUUGGCUGGGUCCAGCUAAGAGAUCCGUAACUAUUAUAGAUUGUGCCAGUACAGUAUUUGGUGUAACGUGUCAACAGAUAAGGAUUCAUUGCUGCACUAAUCUAAAAAUAUGGCUAUCAGUAACAACCUCUCCACUUAUGGAAGAUAGUGAGCACAUUACUUUUGAUAUUUCAUCGAAAGAUCCUAACUAUUACAACUUAUAUAGUGAACACUUAACAUAUUCAAAUUUACAAAGUGCACACUUUUUGACAUAUGAGACGUUCUCAGUAUCAGACUUUAACUGGCUAAAGGCAAUCCCUUCCCCAUUCUGGAAGCUUUCAACAAUAAAGUCCAAGCCGUACUCAAUCAAAAUAGCUAGUAACAAUGAAAAGACAGUUGAGCAGGGUACAGUUAUUAUGUCACAGAUGUCAAUGUGGAAAAUAACAUUGUAG